UAGCUGAGCCGGCUAAGCUAUGUAGCUAUUGUGGCUAAUACCAGAGAAUUGGUAAUAGCUUUUUUUUUUCUUAUGUUGUUUAGAGACGCAAAAUAAAGGCUCAAAGCAGGCAAGUGUCCGCGACUAAGCAAAGUAAACGUCGUUUGCUAAAUUUGCUAAGGUUGGAGAGUAUGGUUGUGAAUCUCUGCUUGCCACACUUUUAUACAACAGCUCAUUGUAACAAGCUGUGUGCAGAUGGCUAUGAUGUCACAAACCUUGUAUCGGCCGACCCUGCUCUCCGGAGGCGGGGUUUCAAGCUGGAGUAUUUCCUUCGUCCACCUGUACAGGUGACCUUGAAGUUUGGCUUCCAGGUGGAGCUGUGUAGGGUGGAUGUGGAGCUGUGGCCCUUGGGUAUGGACCGAGGACAGGCCUGCAGGAGACUGGAGAUUAGCACCAAUUGUGAUUCACUAUCUUCCACAGGCACCAAAGAUUUUCAGCAAAAGGAGCAGAUACAGAUGAAGUUGAAAGGUCAGAAUGCACCAAACAGAGAAGAUCUUCAAAACCAUGAGAGUAAAUCUUGGCAGAGUAAUGGCCACCAAUGGAGUGUUCAGGCCCAACAGUGGGGUGAAGAGGCCCAGAGCGAACCUCAGCAAAGGGGCCAUGUGUUCAAACAUCAGUCAAACCCUGAAUCCAGCUGUUCUGAGCCAGAGUUUAAACUAGUAGCUCGUUGCGAACUAAAGGAAGAAACCAAAGUCUGUUUCACACAUUUGAAUUUUUGCCCCAGGGCCCCGUUCUUGUCCCCACCUCCUCCACAGCCUGCGAACUGUCAGCAAGAGGAGCUGUGGAGCCGAGGUUUGCUCUCACUCGGGGGUGUGACGCAGCUCCGCGUGACCGUGCCUUGUGGUGGUGCAGCAUCUUCUCUGGGGCUGAAAUCUUUGGCUGUAUGGGGACAACCUGCCCGCAGCUGCACUGCAGAAGAAGUGGAGCGCAUCAAAAAAGUCCACGAGGCCAGUAAAAGACAGCUACAGCAACCUGCAUUUUUUGCACCUGCUAUCAGACAAAGCAAGCAACCACUGGAAGAAUCUCCAAGGCAUUCCAUCCCAGAAGAAUUCCUUGAUCCGAUUACACAGGAAGUGAUGACGCUACCUAUGCUGCUGCCCAGUGGUGUGUCAGUGGACAACUCCACUCUGGAAGAGUACCAGAAGAGGGAAGCCACUUGGGGUCGAUCCCCAAAUGACCCUUUCACUGGUGUACCGUUCACUUCAACCUUCUGUCCUCUUCCUAACCCCCAACUGAAAAGUCGCAUUGACCACUUCCUGUUGCAGAAAGGGAUGAUGAGGAGGGAUGGGAUGUUGGGGCGAGGAGAAUCAGGAGAGAAUCCACAGGCCUCAAGACUUCUAGUCUCUGAAGUACAUGAACAGUCUCAGAGCUCUCUGUGCCUCACUAAAUGCUCAAACAGUGCUGCUGCUGAGUAUAAUGCUGACACAAGCAACACCAACAGGACUGUGAAAACAGAUGCUGAAUCAGAAGCUUCAUCAGAUAAUAAGAAUCACACAUCUAAUGCUGAGCCUUUAAGUACAAAUAGUAAAUCAACAUUAAACAGGAGAAAGAAACAAGAUCUAAGUGAGAUUUACAAAGAAUCAACAGACACGUUGACAGCUGAGAGGCACCUCCGAUCAAAAAAACAAAAAAGUGAUGCAGAUUCAGUCCCCAGCUGCAGCUCUCAUGAGCAGCGUUUGUCAGCUAGUCUGGAUGAGGCCCUCUUCUCAGCCUUGCAGGGCCGGCCGUCCUUCACUUCGAAUUUGCACCAGCAGAAGCGGGUUAGUCCUGACUCUGAAAGACUGAACACCACCCAACAGAAUUCAGGCGUCCCAAGCAGUUCUACAGGUGAGAAGAUGUGCUCUGCGUGUUCCUGUUCAGUCUCUGUUUACUCCUCGGCAUCAUCCAUCUACCGUCUAAGCUGUGGUCACUUGCUCUGCCGUGCCUGCCUGCAGAAGGAAUCCAGCUCGCUGAAGUCUGCCACUUCAUCAACAUCCAAUCAUAUAGUAUGCCCGACCUGCCGACGUCCCACCCCACGUGCUCUCAUCACACGUGUGCAUCACUAACAGAUAGCAGCUGACGUCUGUAAAGGGAAGACAUGAUUGUUUUCCAGAUGUUUAAAUAAAAAAUACAUUCUAUUUAUGGACUGUUCACUUUGCUUGGUGCCACCUCUAACAUCUUUGUGCUGUAUGUCUGAUAUUUGUCACAUUAUAACUGCUGUGCAGGUAAAUUAUAAAUUGUCUUCAUAACCAGUCCUUUUAUAUUAUCUGUUUCUCAUUUGUCAUUUUAUUGCAUUGUUUUGUAUAUUUUUGGAUUUUCGUUCACGUGGA